GAGUCAGGCAUCACUUGUGAGGCUUGCCUCCAAUGUGUUAGCUGCAUGGUUAAGGUCUGGUAUCUUACAGUGGCUAGGACAAUCUUUCUGAUUUCGAAGUUCUGGAUCUUUAGCUUGUUACUGAGCCCUUGCAGGCCCCUUCUGAGGAAGUAAUCCUAGAACUCCACCGGGUUCCUCACAGUGGACCCCGGUGAACUGCCAGCAUUUGAUUAUUUACCAAUCAGUUCCUGUUGUCAGCUCAAUUGACUUCUUACUCUGACUGACCCUGACGUCCAAAGUCAACUCUUGUUUAUGAAAAAAAGCUAUUCUGAGCUCUUCAUCCUGUGGACGGAUAGGUUUCCAACCUUGAACCAAUUUGUGGAUUAUACCAUCAUUUGAAUAAGUAAUUCUUCAUAUAUCAAGGUGACAAUAGCCCAAGAAUACCCAGCCAGAGUCAGGCAGACGGUUGCAUUCAUUUGGAAAUAGGAAGGCUAUACCAUACCAGGGAGCUAGCACCCAUCAAAGACAAAUCCUGAAGUGAGUCCUUGUGGCAACCUAAACAGUGUGUGAUGGAGAUGAAGCCUGAAGCUUCUGGGCAAGGUCGAAAACGGAAAUACAAGGAUGAAGAUGGGACAGAGAUUGAGUCUGAAGCUUUGGGACAAGUUAAAAAAGUGAAAUGCAAGGAUGAGGGUGGAACAGGUUUGGAGUUUGAAGAGCCCAGCAAAACUCAGAAGAGGAUACCUCAGGAACAGCAAGACCGAGAGCUUCAAAGUCAACAGCCAUGCAAGGAUGAGGUACGGGAACCCCGUCAAGAAAGUCUAAGACAACUAAAGCCCCUAGAGUGGGCCACAGGUCCACAGGAGCAGGCUGUAACUGGGAGAGAGUCUGGGGAUGGUGGCAAGGGUCGCAAGCGGCCCUGUUGCCUCAUGGAGGAAUAUGCUGAAAACCACCAAAGGCAAAAGUACCAAAGGUUACUGCAGCACCUUCAGCCCAGUGAUCCUAUGAAAUCUGACCCACAGAGGGCUCACACAACCCUAGUGGAUACUCUGAAGAUCGAAGAUUGUGUGGAAGUGCACAGUCAUGGAUCCACAACAACCCAGUGUGAUCCUAAACAAUCUACUGUUGUUACCACAAAGGAAUGUGUCUCACCAGACAAAAAAGUGAAGAUAUGUUCAGAGAACUCUUCUGAUACACAGAAGAAAGAUGCAGUAAACCUUGAAGGAAGAAGGGGACACCACUUGGAGCCUGACUUGCUAAGAGCAGAGGCUCAAGUCUUCCUGCAUAGUGGCAGCAAUAGGUCACUCCCCAACAAGAAGCCAGUAGUUAUGGCAGAGAAAAAGCCUGUUGCAGAACAGGAAAAGGGGAGAGGAACAGAUGAAGUCCUUAAUGUUACAGAGGACAUGGAAAAGGAAAUAAGAAAUGCACUAGGUCCAGGACCCCAGGAAGAAAUCUUAACUAGUGCAUUCAAACUGCAUAUUACUCGAGGAGAUAUCCACACACUAGAGAAUGGUAAGUGGCUCAAUGAUGAGGUCAUCAAUUUUUACAUGAAUCUUCUGGUUGAGAGAAAUAACAAAAAAGGGUACCCAGCUCUUCAUGUGUUCAGCACUUUCUUUUACCCCAAACUAAAGCAUGGAGGCUACUCUUCUGUUAAACGAUGGACUCGAGGAAUAAAACUGUUUGAAAAGGAAAUUAUUCUAGUACCUAUUCACCAGAGGGUACAUUGGAGCCUGAUAGUAAUCGACCUAAGAAAACAAAGUAUCAUAUACCUCGAUUCAAUGGGACAGACAGGGCAGAGUAUUUGUGAGACCAUCUUUGAAUAUUUACAAAAUGAGAGCAAAACUCGAAGGAACAUUGAGCUGGACCCUUUGGAGUGGAAAAGAUACAGUAUGACAUCAAAGGAGAUUCCUCAACAACUGAAUGGGAGUGACUGUGGAGUUUUUACUUGUAAAUAUGGAGAUUACAUUUCUAGAGACCAACCACUUACCUUUUCUCAGCAACACAUGCCCAUCUUUAGGAAGAGGAUGGUGUGGGAAAUCCUGCAUAAUCACCUACUGUAACAACAUCCACCUGGAUCCUAUGGAACUGGUACACUUUUCCAUCUAUGUUUCUAUAUACCUCAAGCAAGAUGGGUUGAAAAGAUUUAAAACAGAUACUGAGCUGCCUGACAUGGAGGAAGCCCACUCUCUUCAAUGUAGUCCUGACCUGGGGAGUCCUGACCAAUGCCAUCUAUACCUGCAAGGAACUACUGCAAGCUUAGAAACCGCUGAUCAACCCACACAAGAACACAUGUUCAAACAACAUUGUUUUAAUGUUGGAUUUAGUUUAUGAAUUUUUUAAUGUUGGAUUUGGUUUAUGAAUUGUUUUAAUGUUGGAAUUAGUUUAUGAAUUGUUUUAAUGUUGGAUUUAGUUUCUGAAU